AUGCCGUCGUCUCAGAAACGAGGCUUAUCACCCAUUAUCGAUGCACCACCACCACACCCGAGUGUUGCUGCUUCACCUCUUCAGCAGUCGCUGCAGGGUGCUCAGCUGCAGCAGCAGCAGCAAGUGGAGCUGCAGCAGCAGCUGCAGCAGCAGCAGGUGUCUCUCCGGCAACUCAAGCGCCAGCGGCUGCUGAGCGUUGAGGGGAGUACGCGUAGAGGGCGAAGCCCCCCGCUUCAGCCUCCUGUACAGCAGCAGCAGCAACAGCAGCAGCUGCUGCUGCUGCAGCAAGAGCGGCAGCAGUUACAACGUCAGCAGCAGCAGCCGCAACUGCUCCAACAGCUACAACAGCAGCAUACGUGCGUCUCUGCAGGCCGCAAGCGCUCCCUCUCUUCAGUGGUGCCCCUUGUGAAGUCAAGCCGCAUAAAAACGGCCGCAGGAACUACUGGUGCAGCAGCAGUCUCAGCAGCAGCAGCGGAAGCAGCGGGGCCAGCGCUUGCAACAGCAGCAGAAACUGCAGCAGCAGCAGCACCAACUCCACCAGCAGCAGCAGCAGCCGCAGCAGCUGUUGGGCCUGAGCCCCCUCCUGCCCCAGCAUCUUCUUGUGUAGCGCUUGUGCCGUAUGUACAGAACCCAGUGUAUGAACCCCUAUUGCGGCCGCUGCAGCAGCAGCGAUUGUUGCUGCAGCGGCAGCAGCAAGAGCUGCUGCUGCAGAAGCCUCUGGAUCCCCUUGCCGAGCUGGCGAAGCUGCAGCAGGAGGAGCAGCAAAUCGGUGGCUUAACUGCAGCAGCAGCAGUGGAGAGGGAUGGUUUGCUGCUGGUCUCAGCAGCAGCAGAAGACUCUGAAGAGGAGCAGCAACAGCAACAGCAGCAGCAGCAAGAGCAGCAGGGAGAGGACCCGCUGCUGCGCACCGCGUCACAAACCUCGCAAGGAGCCAUGAGUGUAGAUUGA